AUGGAUCAAAUAACUACAAAUAAAGCAAUUAAAUUGGGCAAGAGUGGAGGUAUUCAAUUACAUUCAGAAUUAAAGAUAAGAAACUUUAAAAGGGUGUUUACUGAGCCGAAAGAAACGAUUAGAGCAAAUCAGAAAAUUGAUGAAGUAGAUGACCAGAAACAAGAAAAAGAAGCUUAUGAAAGUGAUAAAACUGAUGAAAGCGAUGAAAGCGAUGAAAGUGAUGAUGAUGCUCCUGAAGAAGACAAUAUAGGUAGUGGUAAAAAAAUAGCUGAUAAUAUACUACAAGAACAAUUAAAGAUAGAAAAUGAUCAAAAACUGAUUUUAAAGGAUAAAAGACGAUUAAUAAAUGAAAAAUUUAAAAAACAGCAGGAAGAUAAACAAUUAAAGUUGGAAGAAAAAGAGAAGGAAAAUAAAAAAAAACUAGUGAGUAUAGCAUCAAUUGACAAUGAGAUACCAGAUUUUUUACCAGAAGAAUUAUUGGAAAGUGCAGCACAAUCAUCAUUGGAUAUAAAUAAUGAAAUUUCCAAAAAAAAGAAAAAUGGCAAUUUAGGGAAGAAUGAUAAUAGUAGUAAAAAUUCGUUUACUGGGAAACAUAUAAAAUUAGAUCAAAUUGAUAUUGAAGAUCUUAAAAAGAUAAAACAAAAAAUAAAAGCUAAAAAUUUAAAAAAAUUAAAAAAGAGGAAUCAGAAAACAAUUAAAAGAGGCCCUGUUAAAGUAACGGUGCUAUCGAAUACAAGAACAAAUAAUUUAAUUGCCCCUUCAUCUGAAAAAAUAAUUCAAGAGAAGAAUAAAUGGCUAAAAAGAAAAGUUUUGGGAAAGUCUGGUAGAUUUUAA